CCAUCUGCGAUACACAAGAUUUAAUACUCGUAGUAGAAUUAUUUUUACAAAGCCUCCUCGUUCUUUACCAGACCAGACUUGACCUUGAUUUUAUCGAAGAGGAGAUUAGACAAGAUGGCGCAAAAAUGUGUACACCAAUCUUGUGGGAAGGUUUAUACUGAUCCAGAGGAAGACUGUCUUUACCAUCCUGGGCCACCGGUUUUCCAUGAGGGCCAAAAAGGUAUGCCGAUUUCUACCACACAUUCAAAGCGCUCUUGAUUAUAUGUUUAAUUACUAAAAUAUAACCAAAAAUUAGGCUGGAAAUGCUGCAAACCGCGCGUCCUAACCUUUGACGAAUUCCUCGCCAUUCCACCUUGCACAACCGGUAAACAUAGCACUACAGAUCACCCACCACAAGUAGAGAAGAAACCAGCUCCAGAUGCAUCUACAGAAGCAUCUCCAGCUCCAUCCCCUCCUCCUGAGCCUUCCCGCGCGCCAAUUGCUCCAGCUCCUCAAUCCGCUGCUACUCCCCCUCCUCCAGCAGAAUCCGAAGACGAUGAUGCGUCCCUAGAGAUUCCGGUAGGGAAAAUUUGUAGGAGGAAAGCUUGUGGAAAGCAAUAUGAGGGGAAGGGUAGAGAGGGGGAGAAAUGUGUCUUUCAUCCCGGUGUGCCUAUUUUUCAUGAAGGUAGCAAGGGUUAUACCUGUUGUAAGAGGAGAGUGUUGGAAUUUGAUGAGUUUAUGAAGAUUGAGGGGUGUAAGUCUAAAGAUGCACAUUUGUUUAUUGGGAGUGGAGGGAAGGGGAAGUCAAAGGAGGGGGGUGAGGAGAUUUUGGAGACGGUUAGGUGAGUGAUUUCUGUUUAUUUUUGAAAUGACGUCUUGAAGAAGUUUGGAAAAUGGAACUAAUAAUAUAAAUACAGAUACGAUUUCUACCAAACAGCAACCUCAGUAAUUGCCUCAUUUUUCCUAAAGAAAAUCAAUAAAGAUAAAGCAGUGGUUUCCUUCUCCGCCUCUCAGGAACUCACACUCGAUCUCCCCACCACAGAUACAAUUCCCAAACGCUAUAAAACUAUAGUUCCGCUCUUUGGCGCAAUCGAUACAGAAGCUUCGUCUUUCAAAAUCAUGGGCACAAAACUGGAAAUUACCUUGGUAAAGGCAGAUGGAGCCAGUUGGCCAGUAUUGAGGAGUGAUGAGCAGAGGACGGGAGAGAUUAUACAGGUUGGGAAGGCGGGAAGAGCGGUUUAGGAUAGGGUUGGCGUUGAAUUAGUACGUUGUGAAAGCGUUGAGCGUGGCAUGAUUAGAUAGAUGAUUCUAUUAUGCACAACCUAUGGAUUAUAAGAGAAUAAACACUUAUAUACC